AAACACCACAAGUGAGGGUGUGAAAGCAACAGAGUAAGAGACGUUUCCUCAAAUUUGCAUCAAGAUGGAAACCUUUUGCUUCAGGGUGUCCUUUUGGGUAGCGCUGAUUGGAUGUGUAAUUAGUGAUAAUCCUGAAAGCUACAGCACAAAUCUAAGCACUCGUGUGGACGAUGUGACCACCUUUCCUGGGACAGAGCUCAGCUUCCUGGUUACCACUCAUCGACCCACUAAUUUGGCCCUACCCAGCAAUGGCUCAAUGCACAGCUAUUGCCCACAGCAGACUAAGAUUACUUCAGCUUUCAAAUACAUUAACACUGUGAUAUCUUGUACUAUUUUCAUCGUGGGAAUGGUGGGGAAUGCAACUCUGCUCAGGAUCAUUUACCAGAACAAGUGUAUGAGGAAUGGCCCCAACGCGCUGAUAGCCAGCCUUGCCCUUGGAGACCUUAUCUAUGUGGUCAUUGAUCUCCCUAUCAAUGUAUUUAAGCUGCUGGCUGGGCGCUGGCCUUUUGAUCACAAUGACUUUGGCAUAUUUCUGUGCAAGCUGUUCCCCUUUUUGCAGAAGUCUUCAGUGGGGAUCACUGUCCUCAAUCUCUGUGCUCUCAGCGUUGACAGGUACAGAGCUGUUGCUUCCUGGAGUCGUGUUCAGGGAAUUGGGAUUCCCUUGAUCACCGCCAUUGAGAUUGUCUCCAUCUGGGUCCUUUCUUUUAUCCUGGCCAUCCCUGAAGCAAUUGGCUUCGUCAUGGUGCCCUUUGAGUACAAGGGUGAACAGCACAAAACCUGUAUGCUCAAUGCCACAUCAGAGUUCAUGGAGUUCUACCAAAAUGCAAAGGACUGGUGGCUGUUCGGCUUCUAUUUCUGCAUGCCCUUGGUGUGCACCGCAAUCUUCUACACCCUCAUGACUUGUGAGAUGCUAAACAGAAGGAAUGGCAGCUUGAGAAUUGCCCUCAGUGAACAUCUUAAACAGCGUCGAGAGGUGGCGAAAACAGUGUUCUGCUUGGUUGUAAUUUUUGCUCUUUGCUGGUUCCCUCUUCAUUUAAGUCGUAUUUUGAAGAAAACCGUGUAUGACGAGACGGACAAGAACCGAUGUGAAUUACUUAGUUUCUUGCUGCUCAUGGAUUACAUCGGUAUUAACUUGGCAACUAUGAAUUCGUGUAUAAACCCAAUAGCUCUCUAUUUUGUGAGCAAGAAAUUUAAAAAUUGUUUUCAGUCUUGCCUCUGCUGCUGCUGUUACCAGUCUAAAAGUCUGAUGACCUCGGUCCCCAUGAAUGGAACUAGCAUCCAGUGGAAAAACCACGAGCAGAACAACCACAACACAGAGAGGAGCAGCCACAAGGACAGUAUAAACUAAACAUCUUAAGAAACAUUCAUCAAUAUUCCUUCAGAUCUCAUUGGGGAGAAAAAAUCAUACAGCAACUAUGUCUCCAGAAGUCUCUUCUCCCAUGACUCAGACUCACCUGCAGAAAAUGCUUUACAAAACAUCAGAGAGUGGACUGGUUUAUACCUGCAAAUUCAAUGAAUCUUACUUCUUUAAUUUAUCUAAUUUACAUAUGCUGUGUGUUAUAUUCAACACUAAAAAGUGGUGAGAGUUGGCAGGGGAAAGGGAGACUGUUAAAUGAAACCAGAAGGAUAUUUACUACUUUUGCACGAAAACUGUUUUCAAGUGCAUGACUAGCUUUCACGGCCAUUCUGUCAAAUGUUCAGUGAGAACUGGUCACCAUGCAAGUUUGGAGAUUAUAAAAUAGAGAUUUUUUU